AUGCAACACCAAAUGCAUAUCCAACAUCCCAUGCAUCAAGGUCCUCCACCACAAAUGCAUCCUGGUACUAUGCCUCCACCUGGAAGUCAUAUGCAAAUGCAUCCGGGAACUAUGCAUCCUUCACAAAUGCAACAACCACCCCAAAUGAUGGCACCUCAUCCCCAACAAAUGAUGCAUCCACAAGGACCUCAACAACAAAUGAUGCAUCCUCAACAUAUGCAAAGUAUGGCAUAUGGUAAUCAACAACCACCACCAAUGCAAAUGCAACGUGUUGGAAAUCCAGUACCUAUUAAUCAAAUUCCUAAUAAGGAAAGUGCUAUUCAGUACAUUGACAAUACAAUGGCAGGAUUAGAAGAGAGUAACUUACAACAAGAUCCAAGAUAUUAUCAAAUGGGACAAUUAAGACAAAGAAUAACAGGUUCUGCUACUGCACCUCCUAAACAAAUUGUUGAUAAUAAUAAGAAGUAUGAAAUAAAAAAAAUGACACCAAGUCAAAUAGAAAUAUUACGUAAUCAAAUAUCAGUUUAUCGCCGGUUAGCGAGGAAUCUUCCAAUUGCUAGUUAUAUGAGAGAACUCGUAAAUCGUCAUCUUGAUAUUCUUCCACGUCCAUUUCAAUUUGGAAGUGAUGAUCAAAAUGCAAAAUUACCAUAUGAUUUAUCUAAAAUUUAUCCAUUAGUUAGUCAAAAGCGUGACCGUGGAAGUCUUUGUCCAUUACCUAAAGGUAUAGAUCCUAAUUUAAUUUUGAAAGAAAAACAAAAUCGUGUACAAAAUAGAAUUGGUCAUCGUAUAAAGGAACUCCAACAAUUAUCUGUAACUUUACCACCGCAAUUAAGAAUAAAAGCUGAAAUUGAGUUACGUGCGUUACGGUUAACGUCUCUUCAACAAAGUGUCCGCCAUGAUGUUAUGAUGCAACUUAAAAGAGAUACUUUUAUGGAACAUUCUAUUAAUCCCAAUCUUUAUCGAAGAAAUAAGUAUAUAUGUUUACGUGAAGCAAGACAAACAGAAAAGUUGGAAAAACAAAUGAAAUUGGAGAGAGAGAAGAAACGUAGACAAAAACACAAUGAUCUCCUUUCAGCAAUAUGUACAGCAGCUAAAGAGUUUAGAGAAUUUCACAAAAACUUCCAAGCUAAAGGUCAUAAAUUACGUAAAGCUAUAUCUACUUAUCAUACAAACAAUGAAAAGUUAAAGAAGAAAGAUGAAAUUAAAAAUGAAAAAGAACGUUUAAUGAAAUUGAUGCAAGAAGAUGAAGAAGGAUACAGACAGAUGUUGGAUGAAAAGAAGGAUAAACGUUUAGUUAUACUUCUUCAACAAACUGAUGAAUAUAUGGAAUCUUUAACUAAUCUUGUUAGACAACAUCAACGAUCAGAGAAACAAAAGAAGAAAGAUGAAAGGAAGAAACAAAGAGCCAUUGAAUUGUCCAAAAUAUCACCUGAUGCUAAAUGUAAAGUUAGACAUACAACUACUGGUGAAAUUAUAGAAGGUGACAAAGCACCUACUGUUGCUGAGUUGGAUACAUGGUUGCAAACACAUUCUGGUUAUGAAGUUCUUGAAAAGAAUGGUAUUCCUGUUGAAAGUGAUUCAAGUGAUGAAUCGGAGGAAGAGGAACAAACACCAACUGAGAAAGAAGAUGAUUUGGCCGGUUUGGAUGAGGAAGAAAGAAAUAGAAAAAUUCUUGAAAAAGCCAGAAAUGAAGAGGAUGAAUACGAUGCUAAAAGUAAAUCUAGAAUGGAUUCUUACUAUAGAAUUGCACAUAAAAUAAAAGAAAAGGUUGUUAAACAACACUCAUCACUUGGUAGUGAUAAAUUACAACUUAAACCAUAUCAAUUGAAAGGUCUUGAAUGGAUGGUAUCUUUAUACAAUAAUAACUUAAAUGGAAUACUUGCUGAUGAAAUGGGUCUUGGUAAGACAAUUCAAACAAUCUCAUUGAUUACAUAUUUAAUUGAAAUUAAAAAAGUUACUGGACCUUAUCUUGUUAUAGUACCUUUGUCAACAAUUUCAAAUUGGAAUUUAGAAUUUGAAAAAUGGGCACCACAUGUUAAUAAAAUUGUAUAUAAAGGAACUAAAGAGGUAAGAAAACAAUUAGAAAGUUACGUUAAAAAAGGAGGUUUUAAUGUACUUUUGACCACAUUUGAUUAUGUAUUAAAAGAAAAAGCAUUACUUGGAAAAAUUAAUUGGAAGUAUAUGAUUAUUGAUGAAGGUCAUAGAAUGAAAAACAGUAAUUGUAAACUAACACUCACGUUAAAUGCUUACUUCCGUGCUCAACAUCGUUUGUUGUUGACUGGUACACCACUUCAGAAUAAGUUACCUGAAUUAUGGGCUCUUCUUAACUUUUUAUUGCCUUCUAUUUUUUCAUCAUGUAGCACAUUCGAUUCAUGGUUUAAUGCUCCUUUUGCUCAUACCGGAGAAAAGUUAGAAUUAAAUCAAGAAGAAACAAUGCUUAUUAUUAGACGUCUUCAUAAAGUUUUACGUCCUUUCUUACUUCGUAGAUUGAAAAAAGAAGUUGAAUCACAAUUACCUGAUAAAGUGGAAUAUGUUAUACGUUGUGAUAUGUCAGCAAUUCAGAAAAUUUUAUAUGAACAUAUGAAAGAAGGUAUGCUUCUUGAUUCACGUAAUGGUCAAAAUAGAGCUUUGAUGAAUACAAUUAUUCAUCUUCGUAAACUUUGCAAUCAUCCCUUCCUUUUUGAAAAUGUAGAAGAUGAAUGUAGAGCAUAUUGGGGAAGAGAGUGUACUGGAAGAGAUCUUUUUAGGGUUUCUGGAAAGUUUGAAUUUAUGGAUAGAGUUUUACCCAAGUUUAAGGCAACUAAUCAUCGUGUACUUAUUUUUUGUCAAAUGACUUCUGCAAUGACACUUCUCGAGGAUUAUUUUACAUAUCGUGAAUGGAAAUAUUUACGUUUAGAUGGUUCAACAAAACCUGAUGAAAGAGGAGAAUUACUAAAAGUUUUUAAUGCACCCAAUAGUGAAUAUUUUCUUUUUAUUUUAUCUACACGUGCCGGUGGUUUAGGAUUAAAUCUUCAAACAGCUGAUACUGUUAUUAUAUUUGAUUCUGAUUGGAAUCCUCAUCAAGAUUUGCAGGCUCAAGAUCGUGCUCACAGAAUUGGACAGAAAAAUGAGGUUCGUGUACUUCGAUUGAUUACUGCCAAUUCAGUUGAAGAAAAAAUUCUUGCUGCAGCUAGAUACAAACUUAAUGUUGAUGAAAAAGUUAUUCAAGCUGGUAAAUUUAAUCAAAGAUCAACAGGUGCUGAAAGAAGAGAAAUGCUUGAAGCAUUAAUUAAGGCUGAUAAUGAUGAAGCUGAAGAGGAAAGUGUUCCUGAUGAUGAAACAAUUAAUCAAAUGAUUGCUAGAACUGAAGAAGAAUUUGAAAUUUUCCAGAAAAUGGAUAUUGAAAGAAGGAGAGCUGAGGCAGAGUCGGAUGACAGAAAACCUAGAUUAAUUGAAGAAAGUGAAAUUCCAACAACUAUUUAUGAAGCUGCUGAAAGAAGUGCCAAAAUGAAGGAACAAGCUUUACUAAAUUCAAAUGACAAUAGUUUAUUGGAAAAUCUAGAAACACCCGGUAGAAGAAGUAGGAAAAAUGUCAACUAUUCGUCAGAUCUUAUUAGUGAUCGUGAUUUUUUUAAAGCAUAUGAAGAUGAUGAUGAUGAGCAGGAAGAAGAAACAAGAUCACGUAGUAAAAAAGAACGUAAAAAUGGUAAUGGUCGUAGGAAACGUGUUCAUUUAGAAGAAGAUGAUGAAGAUACAGAAGAUUCUCGUUCUUCACGUAAGAAACGUCGUCCUUCUCCGGAGAGUGAAAAAUUGUUUAUGGAAGCUGUAGAUGGGUUAUGUAGUAUAACAAAACAAGAUGGUACAACAUUGGCAGAUCCAUUUAUUCAGUUACCAUCACGGAAAGAACUUCCACAUUAUUAUGAAACAAUUAAAAAUCCAAUGGAUAUAAAUAAAAUACGUAAAAGGAUUCGUGAAGGUAGGUAUACGGAGUUUGAUGAACUAAAUGCAGAUAUGGCAUUGGUAUGGCAAAAUGCACAAGAGUAUAACUUAGAGAACUCAGAAAUUUAUAAUGAUUCUGUUCUCUUACGUGAAUAUUGGCUAAGGAUUACUGGACAACAAACGAAUAUAAAUCAAGAGUAA